AUGGACUCGGCGACAGAGCCACAACCCCAAGAGCCGAUCGCCAUCGUGGGCACGGGGUUUCGAUUCCCAGGCGGCGCGUCCACGCCCUCCAAGCUUUGGGACCUCCUGCGCUCUCCAAGGGACGUCUUGGCCCCGAUCCCGCCGACGCGGUUCAACGCCGACGGCUUUUACCACCCGGACGGCGAAUACGGCGGCCACAGCAACGUACGGCACUCGUACACCAUCUCGGAGGAUCUCGCGGCCUGGGAUGCGAGCUUUUUCAACGUCGCGGCCGGCGAGGCGUCGGCCAUCGAUCCGCAACAGCGGCUCCUGACGGAAUGCGUUUAUGAAGCCCUCGAGUCUGGCGGCCACAGCGUGCAGGCGCUGCGCGGGUCCGACACGGCGGUCUACGUUGGGCUGGUCAACGAGGAGUAUAGUGAUGUUCACUACCGUGAACUGAACACGACGCCGAGGGCCCUACGGUCAGGAGCUUCACGAGUUGCCGUCGCAGCCGGCGUCAACAUGCUACUUGGGCCUGAGCCAUACAUUGUGGAGAGCUCAUUUCACAUGCUUUCUCCCACUGGACGUUGCAGGAUGUGGGAUGUGUCGGCAGACGGCUACGGACGCGGAGAUGGCGUGGCUGCCGUGAUAUUAAAGAAGCUCAGCCAAGCAAUUGCGGAUGGAGACAGGAUAGAAAGCGUCAUUCGGGAGACGGGGAUUAAUCAGGACGGGGCCACGGGUGGUAUCACGGUGCCGAACCCCAAAGCGCAAAUUGCUCUGAUACAAGACACAUACAGACGAGCUGGGCUCGACCUGAGAAGGCGUUCGGACCGACCGCAAUUUUUCGAGUGCCACGGGACUGGCACACCGACUGGUGACCCGCUCGAGGCACGAGCUGUCCACGAGGCACUGGGGAGGCACGUCAUCGAUGAUGGCCCCGGCCGGCCCCCGUUAUAUGUCGGGUCGAUCAAAACCGUCAUAGGCCACACCGAAGCAACGGCCGGGAUAGCCGGGCUGAUCAAGGCUUCGCUAGCCAUACAGGAAGGCCUCAUACCGCCGAAUCUGCUCUUCGAAGAGCUUAAUCCCGCCAUCGAGCCGCUGUAUCACGGGCUGGAAAUACCCGUGGGCAAGCCCGUCCCCUGGCCUGCCACAGGAGUUUCUCCUAGACGCGCAAGUGUGAACUCAUUUGGGUUUGGCGGAACAAAUGCACAUGCAAUUAUCGAGAGUUAUCAGUUCCCACAAGGCACACGAGGUGCUCAAGAAUCCGAUCCGCUGCCGUUUAUGUUUUCGGCCGCCACAAAACCUUCCCUCAAGCGGAUGCUGGCGCAGUUUGCCGAUUUCCUCUCCCCCGAGCAGGUGCCCCAAGAUCUUACGGCUCACGACCUCGCCUUCACGCUCAACUCGAGACGGUCGGUCUUGUCGUGCAGAGCAGUGUUUGCAGCACGAGGGCUCGACGACCUGGCAAACAAGAUUCGGGACGCGGCAAACGACCCGAAAUGGCAACCGACCGCCACCGUGUCUGAAGCCAAGAACGGCGGACCCGCACCACGCAUACUCGGCGUCUUUGCAGGCCAAGGAGCCCAGUGGCCAGGCAUGGCAAGACACGUCAUUGAAGACAUCCCCUUCGUACGGCGGAGGGUGGCGGAGCUAGAGGGCUAUCUCCAAGAUCUUCCGGCCGAACACGUCCCGUCUUGGUCGCUGCGGGACGAACUGACCAAGGUCCAAGGGUCGAACCUCGACCUGGCGCAGUUUUCCCAGCCCCUAUGCACGGCGCUCCAGAUCAUCCAGGUCGACCUGCUGGCGGCCGGCGGCGUCCGGUUUUCCGCCGUGGUAGGUCACAGCUCCGGGGAGAUCGCGGCGGCGUACGCGGCGGGUUUGUUGUCUGCGCGCGACGCAAUGGUUGUGGCAUACUACCGCGGCCUGCACAGCUCUCGGCUGGCGGGCAAGAAGCAGAACGGCGGGGCCAUGAUGGCGGCGGGGAUAAGCUUCGCCGAAGCCGGCAGCCUGGUGGGCUUGACGCAGUUCCGGGGUCGGAUCGCGGUGGCUGCGCACAACUCGCCGACGAGCGUCACGUUGUCGGGCGACGAGGACGCCAUCCUGGAGGCCAAGGAGCUCCUCGUCGCGGACGGCAAGUUCGCGCGGCUCCUGCGCGUCGAUCAGGCUUAUCACUCGCACCACAUGCGGCCGUGUCUGGCUCCGUAUGUCGCGUCGCUGCAGGGGGCGGGCGUCGGCGCGGCGCGACCCGCGCCUCAGGACGGCAGCCGCGGCACCACCUGGUAUUCGUCGGUGCACAAAGGAACCGCUGGGCAGCAGCAGGUCAUGACCGAGGUGGAUUGCGAGUACUGGGCCACCAACAUGGCGCAGACCGUUCUUUUUGCUGGCGCAGUCGAGUCCGCCGUGACCGCCCAAGCGUCUGCACUGCACCCGUUCACCAUGGCUGUCGGUCUUGGACCUCAUGGUGCCCUGCGCGGGCCGUUCGAGGACAUACUCGCGUCCCUGUCGGCGGCAACGGGAGGCGGAACCAGUACCGGCCGCCUCCAGAUACCCUACACCGACGUCCUUACAAGGAGCCAGGACGACAGCAUCUGCCUGAUGCGGUGCAUGGGGACGCUGCUGGCCCACGGCGCAGCUGACGGCACGGACGUGGGCCGGUUCCAAAGCGUGGUGUACCGACUGGAUUCUGAGGGCAAACGCCCGAGACCCGCACGCAACCUCCCCAGCUAUCCGUGGGACCAUUCCCGAACGUUCUGGCACGAGUCUCGACGGUCCAGAGCCCUGCGCACGCGAUCAAAACCCGCGCACCCCCUCCUGGGGACGCUAUCCCCCGAAUCUUCCGAGACCGACCUGGCCUGGCACAACCUGCUCCGGCUGGUCGACCUCCCUUGGCUCCGCGGCCACCGCUUGCAAGGCCAGGUCAUCUACCCCGCUGCUGCAUACGUGGCUGCGGCCAUCGACGCGGCUCUACAUGUCGCUGGCGAGAUGAACAGGGACGUCAAGGCGAUCGAGUUUAGAGAUGUUUGGGUUGGCAAAGCCAUUGUAUUUGAUGAUGAUUCGGCCUCGGGGGGCGUCGAGGUGUACACAACCCUGACCAUCAACCGGGAUCGCCUAGAUGGAGUUGACGGGAAUGCCGUCCUGGAGGCAAGAUUUCGCGUCCGAUCUUGUUUGUUCGGAACCACCUCCACCGAUGCCGCGUUGAACUGCAGCGGCUCCGUGUUGAUCACCAUGUUUGACCAGCAAGAGACGGGGCAAGACCGGCCGUUAUUGUGUCCCCAACAGCCGCCACCGGCGCUGCUAGUCCCGGUAGAUGAGGAGGGCUUUUAUCAGGAGUUGAAUCAGAUCGGCUACCAAUACACCGACUUUUUCAGGGCAGUCACAUCGGCAAGGCGAAAGUUGGGAUACGCCCAAGCAGGGCUGAACCUCCCCACGCCUGAUCUCCUGCACCGGUCCGAAAAGGACUUCCUGCUGCACCCGGGGCCUCUGGACGCAUUGUUCCAGGCCAUACUCCUGGCAUAUUCCUGUCCGGGCGACGGCCGUCUCUGGUCCUUGCACGUCCCCAUAGCCAUCGAGCGGAUCGUGAUGGACGUCGAGGCGGUCCGAAAGACCAAGCCGGCCACGACGCGCUACGCCAUCGAGGCGACCAUCACCCGAGACCCGAGCUUCUCAGGCCAGCCUCAGAAGGGGCUCGGUGGCGACGUGGGCAUCUUCACGCCGGAUGGGAGCAGCGGCCUGGUCAGGGCCGAGGGUGUGCUCCUGGCCCCGUUGGCCACGGCGGCGGCGGACGACGACGUGCAAAUGUUCCUCGAGCCCGUGGAGGGGGCCAUCUUUACCGACUGCACGCUUGCCAUGACCCUCGCGGACGGCACGACUGUUGCGCGGGCCACCGACGAAGAGACCAAACUCGGCUGGCUGCUGGACCGCAUCGCGCACUUUUACCUCAAGCGUCUGGCAGACGAAAUCACGCCCGAUCAGGAGGCGAAAGCAAAAUGGCACCAUCGCAAACUGAUGGACUACGCCCGCCACGUCAGCCGAGAGGUUGCGGCCGGCAGGCAGCCCUACGUCAAGGCCGAGCAUUCUCAGGACACGUACGAGACAGUGAGGGAACUGAUGGACCGGCAUAUGGACGUCAUUGACGUGCAGUUGAUGCGCGCCGUCGGGGAGAACCUUGGCGCCGCCGUAAGAGGCGAGACCAUGAUCCUGCAGCACAUGAUGCACGACGGCAUGCUGGACAGAUCGUACGAGGAAACGCUGGGCGUCAAGCCGUUUUCGGAAUUCCUCUCGAGGGUCGUUGAGCAAAUCACCUUUGUGCACCCGGACGCAUCCAUUCUCGAGAUCGGCGCGGGCACAGGCGGCGCCACGAAGCGCAUCCUCGACCGCAUCCCCGACCGCUUCGGGCACUACACCUUCACGGACGUCUCGUCUGGCUUCUUCGACAAGGCCAGGUCGGUCUUCUCGGGGUUCGUGGAGAGCGGGCGCAUGAGCUUCCGCACGCUCGACAUCGAGCGCGACCCGGUCGAGGAGCAAGGGUUCCGGGAGCAGGCGCACGACGUGGUGCUCGCGUCCUUUGUGCUGCACGCCACGGCGGACCUGGAAAGCACGCUGCGGAACGCGCGUCGCCUGCUGAGGCCCGGCGGCUUCCUGGUGCUGCUGGAGAUGACGAGCAACGACACCCUGAGGCUCGGGUUGACCAUGGGCGGCCUGGAGGGCUGGUGGCUCGGGGCCGAGUCCGGCAGGCCGUGGUCGCCGUGCGUGUCGUCCGCCGAGUGGCAUCGUCUGCUCAUGCUCACCGGCUUCACGGGCGUCCAAGACAAGACGCCCGAGCUCGACCUCCUGCCUUGGCCAUACGGGGUUCUGGUCUCGCGGGCGGUCGAUGACGACCUGAGACUGCUCCUGGAGCCGUCCGCACAGGCGCCGUCGGAGCUGUCCAGCAUGUCCAGCUUGCUUAUUGUUGCUGGAUCCUCACCUCAGAAUGUGGCUCUAGCCGAGGAGCUGCGUCGCAUGUUGCAGCCGUUCUCGGCGUCCCAGGUCGUGGUCACCGACGGUCUCGGAGGUUUCAUGCGGCGCGCCCAGUCAGAGCAGCCGCUGUUCAGUCCACGCAAAAAUGGCGGGUCCCGAGAGACAGGCGAUCACGCUGAUGGCUCGAGGUUGACGGUACUCUACCUAGCUGACCUUGAUGAACAGCCGCUCCUUCAAGACAUCAGGCAAGAUGCCUUCCACGGCCUCAAGGAGCUGUUGAGACGGUCUCCCGAUCACAUCCUCUGGCUGACGCACGGGGCACGUAACGGCCGACGACCGUACGCUCUCGCCUCGGUGGGUCUCGGCCGGGCACUGAUUAUGGAAUAUCGGCAAGUGGCGAUUCAGUUCAUCGACUUUCCGACCACUGCCCCCGAUGCCAAAGCUGUGAUGGACCACCUCUUGCGUCUGGUUGUUCACUCUGCGCUCGAGAGGCAGAACACGAACCUGCUCUGGAGCCGCGAGCCCGAGCUUGCCGUGGACCAGCAGGGCCGCCUCUUGGUGUCGCGAAUCCAGCCGCACCGGCACUUCAACCACGCAUAUAAUUCUGCGAGACGCCUCAUAUCUGAGCCGGCUGACCCGGCUGGCGACUAUGAGGUUUACGACGACUGGGACGAGGAAGAAGGCGAGUUUACGUCUCGGUUCCUCCUCCGCGCCCAAGCUGCACCACGCAGCUUUGACCGUCCGGGCGCCCACGAGAUCAGCCCGCUGUAUUCUGUUCCGCUGGCUCUUCAGCCUGGAGGCUGCACGUGGAAUAUCAGCGCUGGGCUGCCGGUUCAAUCUGCCGAGUCCGCUGAGCGGAGCAUUGAGAUGGUCUUGUCCGACCGCAUGGGAUCGGUCAUCACUGCGCUUUCUGGGCCCGUAUCUAUCUCCAGAGACGCCACUCCGUCUCGUUUGCGCGACGUUGCAGCUCAUGUUUUGGCGUCUCUGAUUGCGAGCGAGGCGGGCCGCGACUCUCGGCCGAUCAAGCACGGCUAUCAACAAAAGUCCAAGAGGACCUUUCUUGUCUUGGAGCCCGAUGCCACUCUCGCUAGGCUGCUUGGCCGGGCUGCCACGCAGUCGGGCUCCUGGACCAUUGUCUGCGCCACCACAUCCCCGGAAAAGGUAGCCUCGGCACCUGAUUCCUUUGCAUUUGUCGACAUGCACGCCAGCUGCUCGGUAAUCAAAAAGGCUCUUGGGUUAUCUGCGUCUUCCAACGUCCAAGGAAUUUUCGUCUGCUCGGAUCCGACUGCUAGCACUUCUGGGGGACAGACUCUCAGCAGCUUUCUCCAAGGGUCACAGCCCGAGCUUGCUCGAGCGAGGACGAGGUUGAUUGCUGACCUGUUGCGAGAUGCCCAUGUUUUGCAGUCUGUCUCACACGGCGAAUCGAGGCCGGGAUCACAGUCAGUAUUGGAUUGCAUGCUGCACGACGCCGUCAUGGCUCAUGCCCAAAAACUAAAAGACACGCCGUCGCAUGGGCAGGGUCAGGGAUCUGUGCAUCUCCUUUCUCUGCAGGAAUACCUGGAAAAGAGCAGACGGUCCACCCCGACAGGGCUCUCCGUGAUCGACUGGACCGCCAGAUCGCCCACCCCGCUCACAGCCACGGCUCGGCCACUCGAUGGCGUCCGGCCCCUGCUCAGGGGCGAUAGGACAUACUUGCUCCUGGGCCUGGGCGGCAAGGGUGGCCUCGGAUCUUCGCUGGCCGAGUACAUGGUUGGCCAGGGGGCUAGGUACAUUGUGCUGACGAGCCGCAACCCGGGAGUUGAACAAGAGUUGAUUGCAAGCUACGCGAAGCGGGGAGUCAGGAUCGAGGGAAUCGCCAACGACAUCACCGACAAGUCAUCGUUGGAGAAGCUCAUCAAAGACUUGGGCGAAUCCCCGGACUGGCCGCCCAUCGCAGGCGUGGCCAACGGCGCCAUGGUGCUCGCCGACGUGUCGCUCGAAAACAUGACGUACGACCAGAUGGUACGGGUUCUGAGACCCAAGGUGCUGGGCAGCAUCCUGCUAGACGGCAUCUUCGACUCGGUCCCGCUGGACUUCUUCGUGCUCAUCUCGUCGCUCUCGUGCGUGCUGGGCAACCGCGGCCAGGCCAACUACGACGCCGCAAACAUGUUCCUCGUCGGGCUGGCGGCGCAGCGGCGCGCGAGGGGCCUGGCGGCCAGCGUGGUCGACAUCGGCGCCGUCAUGGGCACGGGGUACAUGGCGCGCGAGGUGAAAGAGCAGACGCUCAAGCAGAUGGUCGGGGCCGGGUUCGCCAAGAUGUCGGAGCGGGACUUUUGCAUGGCCUUUGCCCACGGCAUACUGGCCGGGCGGCCGGGGCAGGCUCUCGGCGGCCACGAGGUCGUCACCGGGCUCAACGUGCCGCCGCCGACCGCAGAGUUCCAGCCCGACUGGGUCUCGAACCCCCGGUUCUCUCACAUGGUGGCCAGGAGUCGCGCCGUCGCCAGGCGCAAAGCGCAGGAUCCCGUGUCGGAGAAGCAGGCCGAAAAGACGCGAGACCUGCUGAAGCGCUCCAGGACGGUUGGCGACCUGGCGCGAAUCGUGUCGGCCGCCGUCUUCAAAAAGAUGAUAUACAUGCUGCAGGUCGGCGACGAGGUCGCGGGCGACUUGGAUGCCUUCUCGACACGAAGCACGUCCAGCCUGGGCGUCGACUCCCUGGUGGCCGUGGAGCUGCGCACCUGGGUCUUUAGAGAGUUCGAGGUCGACAUGCCCGUGUUCAAGAUCCUUGCCGACACGAGUUUUGGUGACGUGGUUGAUUUUAUUUUGGCUGCUCUGCCGGAGAGCUUGACACCGUCUCUCGACAAAGACUCCAACGAAGACGCCGUCCCAGCAUCUGCGCUCAAGGAGCCCAAGCCGGCAGAGCCACCCGUCAAGAAACCUUCAAGGAACAGCGGCGAGGAGCAAGAGUUGGAGGACGACGAGGAGGAGGAGGAGGAGCCCAUGAAAAACUCAUGUUCGCCCUCAUCAUCGGGCGGCCAAGCCACACCGGCCUCCACCACGGAGAUGUCAGCUUCGACGCCCGAUAUUAGCCUCAAACAAGCACUCCUUGAGGAGAAUGUCGAGCAAGACAAAAUCGGCCUCGACUCUUCCAUAGCCCGGUAUCCCACGCAAGAGUCAACUCCAGAGGCUCGAUUCGAAAAAACGAUCGACAUGUCCUACGGCCAGAAGCGAUUCUGGCUAAUGAGCAACCUCAGCCCAACGCCCACGGUCUGCAACGUGGUGAACGACAUCGAGAUCAGGGCUGAGCUGGAUACCGCUGCCCUUGCCAGAGCCGUCGGCCUGCUUGGGGCGAGGCACGAGGCUUUGCGCACGGCGUUCAUACGCACCAGCCCGACUUUGGACGUCCCUCAGCAGGUCAUUCUGAAGCGGAGCACGUUGCAGCUCGAGACGAGAGAGGUGGGAACCGGAGACGAGAUCGACAAGCUGUACAGAGAACUCCACCAUCAACACUUCAACCUCGAGACGGGGGAGCUGGUGAGGAUGGUUCUCGUGUCGCUUUCGCCGAAGCUUCAUCAUCUCCUGAUUGCGUACCAUCACAUAAAUAUGGAUUCGUUCAGUAUGGCCAUUCUGGUGAAGGAGCUGCUCCAGCUCUACUCGGGCGAAGUCAUCGAUCCUCCUGCCGUUCAGCAACCAGAUCUCGCCCUUUACGAGCAGAACCAGCAGGUACAGGGCAAGCAGUGGGCCGACGAGCUGGCCUUUUGGAGCCGUCUAUUUGCCGAAAACCCAACCUUCCACGAGCCCCUGCCCAUCUUGCACGCGUCCCCAUCCAGUACGAGCAGAGCUCGGCCGGAACGCAUCGCCUACAAAGCACACGUUGAAUCGAGACGCGUCUCGGCAGCCACCGCCCAGUGCAUGCGGUCCCUCUGCCGGGACGCCGGCGUGACGCCAUUCCACGUCUACACUGCCGCGCUGCAGGUUCUGGUGUCGAGACUGGCCGACGUCCAACACGUCACCAUGGGCAUGGCCGACGGCAACCGCGGCAGCCUGCACCUCCCGGGCGCAGAGGCGGCCGUCGGAAACUUCCUCAACAUGGUGCCGCUGCUUCUCCGCACCCCGCCGCGCGACACACGCCUCUACAAGCUGCUCUCCGAGACCCGCGCCGUGGUCCUCGCGGCCAUGGGCAACGCUUCCGUCCCCAUCGAGCUGGUCAUGGAGGAGGUCAACACGCCCAAAAGCUCCAGCUACAGCCCCCUGUUCCAGGUGUUUAUCGACUACAAGAGGGUGACGGAGAAGCUGCCCUUUCCCGGCCGCAAGGGGUGGGUGCAAGGUAAACGGUACCUGCUCAGCAAGACGCCCUACGACAUAAUGCUCGACGUCAUCGACACGCCGGCCGGAGAUGCUUUGCUGCAGCUUCACGCCCAGCAGGGGCUUUACACGGCGGAGGAGACGGCCAGGCUUUUGGAACUGUAUUCGACACUGCUCGACUCCUUCUCCCAGGCCAACAGCCAGACUGUUGUUGGCGAUGCCCGCAUGGUGGCAGCGGCGGAAGCUGAAGCUGCGCUGCGACUGGGCCGAGGUCUCAUCUUGAAUCUGGAGCACCAGUCUAUUCUGCCUCGCCUUGAUCACGCUGCCAAAUCGCUCCAGGAUACCGUCGCGCUUGCCGACACAAACGACAAUACGCUGUCAUGGACCGAGAUGACAGGCAAAUCGAUCGCGCUGUCCCAUGAGCUAAGCCGGCUGGGUGUAGGCCCGGGAUCAAGGGUAGGGCUCUUCCAGGAGCCGACGGUCGACUGGGUCGUGACCAUGCUGGGCAUCUGGCGCGCCGGGGCUUCAUACGUGCCGCUGGACCUCUCGCAGGGGCUGCCGCGUCUGGCGCGGAUUGCAAAGGCUGCAAAUUUCGCCGUAGUGGUUGUCCACCAUGCGACGGCCGCGCUCGUCGGCGAGCUCGGAAGCCGUCCGGAUGGCCACGUCGUCGACAUUUCGACCCUGGACACGGUUCCUCCGCCGGCGGCCGCACUCGACAAGGCAUCCGGCCUAGACAUCAAGAGCAGCCAGGAGGCCAUGCUGUUGUACACCAGUGGCACAACAGGCGAACCCAAGGGUAUUUCCAUCCCCCACCGCGUGGUGGUGAACGGAAUCGAGGGGAUGAUGCAAAGGUGGCCGGAGCUCACCUCUGAGCCUCUAACAGUGCUCCAGCACUGCUCCAUCAGCUUCGACGUCUCUUGGUGGACGGUGCUGCUUGGCCUCGCGUGCAGGGGUAAGGCGGUUGUCGCCUCCCGUGACAUCCGGGGCGACCCGAGAGCCCUGACCCGCACGAUCGUCCAACGAGGUAUCAGGCUCACCGUGGCGACCCCGAGUGAGACCAUCGCCUGGCUCCAAAGCGACGAUUCCGGCGAGCUCGCGUCCUGUAACUGGCACUGGCACGUCGCCGUUGGCGAACCCAUCCCACUCACUUUUCUCCGGCAGAUUCACCUUCACGGGAAGCCCUCGCUCAGAGUCAUCAACGCCUAUGGUCCGUCUGAGGUCUGGAUGCCGCUGUCGCACGAGAUAUCUUUCCAGCAGGCCAGGACGGCCGAGGACGUGGAGCGACUCUGGCCGGUGCCCGUCGGGAACCUGAUGCCCAACUACACCGUCCGCGUGGUGGACGUCGACGGCCACAUCCUGCCGCCUGGCAUGCCGGGACAUCUUGUCAUUGGAGGGUGCGGCGUCGCGCUGGGCUACGUCGGGUCGGGGCCCACAGACCUACGCUUCCUCCCGGAUCCAUACCCCGUGCGGGAGCACCUGGUCAGCGGCUGGGACAAGGUCCACUUGAGCGGCGACUACGGCUACAUGGACGAGAAUGGUGUCUUUUUCUCGCUAGGCCGCAUCAGAGGAGACACGCAGAUCAAGCUGCGGGGCAUGAGACUGGACCUUCGUCACGUCGAGGGAGCCAUCAUGGACAGGGCGGGCGGCUCUGUCGUGGAAGUCGUCGUGAGCGUGCGAAGAACAGACGGCCGGCCGCUUGGUCCCGGUACCCUCGCGGACGAAUCAACGUCCAAAGUCCUCGUCGCUCACGCCGUCGUCGCUCCAUCCACUUCUACCGAUAGCGCUGUCCAACUGUUACGAUCUAUCGCGAAAAGUCUUCCGCUGCCCGACUACAUGCGGCCGGCCGUCAUCGUUCCCGUCAAGUCCCUCCCGCUCACCCCCAACGGCAAGCAGGACCGUACAACCAUAGCGUCGUGGCCUGUGCAGCUGGGUUCGAGGACCGUCCCGGAGUCAUCUGCCGUCGAGCCGGUGUCACCCCAUGCUCAUGUCCCCGAAGCCGACAAGCAGGCCCUCGAGCAGAUGGGGAGGAUAUGGCAAGACGCCUUGGGCGCACCCUCCACGGACUCCGAUCUGCUCGAGCCCUUGGACCCCGAGGCCGAUUUCUUCCAGAUGGGUGGCAACUCGAUCCUCCUGACGCGCGUGCAGAGGAGCAUCAGGGUGGAGCAUGGAGUGGACGUCCCCCUCCGCGAGCUUUUCCACAACACCACGCUCGCGCAGAUGUCGCGGUUCUUGCGCCAAGACAAGAACGGCCCGUCCGGGAGCAGAAUCGACUGGGACGCCGAGACGCGGCCUCUGCCCGAGCUGGAUCUCGCGCUUCGAGUGACUGAAAUCUCGCCCGCCGAGCCGAACGGCACCCUGGAGGGGGGCGUUGUGGUGGCGUUAACGGGUGCGGCCGGGUUCCUAGGCCGUCACCUGGUGCAGAGCCUGAUCCGGCACCCGGCCGUGUCGGAAAUCCACUGCGUCGCCGUGCGCAGUCGGCCCGAGCGGCUGGCCGCACAUGCAAAGGCCGCGCGUGCCGGCGGCAAGAAGCUGCAAAUCCACACGGGCGACCUCUCCCAGCCGGAUCUCGGCAUCGCGGACCCGGACCUGGCGAGCAGCGUCUUCUCGGCGGCCGACGUCAUCAUCCACAACGCGGCCGACACGUCCUUCCUCAAGUCGUACGCGACCCUCCGCGCGGCCAACUUGGACUCGCUCAAGGCCCUGGCCCGCCUGUCCCUGGUGCACCGCACCAUCGCCCCGCCGCCGGGCUCGGUGCGGCGCCGCCGCCCCGCGCACAUCCACUUCGUGUCGACGGCGGGCGUCGCGACGUUUCUGGGCCGCGACCUGGCCCAGGAGCCACUCGGCCGCCACCCGCCCGCCCACGUCGCCGAGGGCUACCUGCUCACCAAGUGGGCGGGCGAGCUGUUCCUGGACCGCAUGGCCGCGGCGUCGGCCGGCCUGCUGCGCGCCACGGUGCACCGCACCGCGUCGCUGGUCGGGCCCGGCGCGCCGGAGCUGGACGUCGUGUCCAGCGUGGUCAGGUACUCGAUCGCGCUGGGCGCCGUGCCGACGCUCGAGGGCUACGCCGGCAAGAUACAGUUUGUGCCGGUCGAGGAGGUGGCGGAGGACAUGGUCGGCGCUGCCGUCGCCGCGGACGGCGCCGAGGGGGUCCGGUACCGCCACCACUGCGGCGGGGCCGAUGCCGCCGUCGACCUGGCCGACCUGGGAACGUACUGCAUGCGGACUCUUGGUCGGCGCGGGUCCUUGCCUGUCCUUGGCGAUGACGAGUGGAUCGACAAGGCCGAGGCUGUCGGGUUCCCGCCCCUGCUGGGAACGUAUCUUAGGUCCGAUACGCUGGGUGGGAAAAGAAAGACUUUCAAGGUGCUUUUGAAAGACUAG